AUGGCAAAUCGAGGCUACGAUGUCGUCGUUGACGUCGACCAGGAGGGCGACCUAGGCCAUACCGACCUGCAGGAGGACCUUGAAUUCCACAGCUCGAACUUCGAGAACACGCCCUCGACGCGUGGCGCCAAGAUCCAGCCCGACUCGUCCUCGUUUCUUCCCCAGCCCGCAACCUCGUCCCCGGCGGGCUCGCGCAAACGUCUGCUCUGGACCCUCUCCUUCUACGCGCAAGCCUUUGAUGUCGACACAGCAGAGGUCCUGCGCCGCUGCACCGCCACCAUAUAUCCGCGCGCCAACUUCCUCGACGUCCUCGAGGGAAAUCCGGAUCUGUACGGCCCUGUGUGGAUCGCGACGACGGUUGUUGUCAUUCUCUUCCUGACAGGCACCAUCAACCAGUAUCUGGCGCACCAGGGCAAGGACCACUUUGCGUACGACUUCAAGCUGCUGAGCGGUGCGGCGGGGCUGGUCUACGGUUACACGGCGCUGGUGCCUGUGGGGCUCUGGGGCGUGCUGAAGUGGUAUGGAAGCGAGAGCGCGAAUCUGCUCGAGUGCGCGUGUCUGUACGGCUACGCAAAUUUGGUGUGGAUUGUCGUUGCACUGGUGAGCUGGAGUCCGAUCAGCAUCCUCAACUACACCUUCGUCGCCCUUGGCCUCGCCUUCUCCGCAACCUUCCUGCUGCGCAAUCUCUACCCCGUCCUCAGCACCACCGAAGCAAAGACGUCCAAGAUCCUGCUCGUCGUCGUGCUGGCGCUGCACGCUGGCUUUGCCAUCGCCAUCAAGGUCCUCUUCUUCGCUGCAACCAGCCCCGUGGGGCCAAACAAGGGGAACGACGAGAAGACGGAUCCCGCGAGGAUGAUGUUGAGCAUGUAA